CUUUAUAAGCCACUCCCCACCCUUUCUCUCUCUCUUUGUCCUUCUCUCUCUCUCUCUCUCUAUUUCUUCAUCCACACACAGAGGCGACACCUCAACCAACUCCGUUCCGUUUAUCCAUUCUCUCUCUCUCUCUCUCUCUCUCUCUCUUUUCAUUUCUCUGUUUGAUUAUUUUGUGUCCAAACACUUCUCUAAUCCCACCCUUCACCGCUUGAUUCUACGGAUUACACUUUGAAAAAAAAAAAAAAAAAAAAAAGAAAGGGAGAUACGGAAUCAUUGAUAAGAAGGUAAGAGAAUAUCUCAGGGGAUCGGAUCGAGAGGGGGGUCGUUAAUGGCGUCAUCGCUGAUAUCGAAUCCAGUAACGAACACUGAUCGAUCACGCAAGAAAAAGAAGAAGAAAAUCCAAUCCAAAAAAGACGAUCAAACUCACAGUCACGCUCGCUGGAAAUCCGAAGCCCAGCAGCAAAUCUAUUCUUCCAAGCUCCUUCAAGCCUUGAGCCAGGUCAGCCUCGGCUCCUCCAACGAGCCGCCACGCCGUGGUAAAGCCGUGAGAGAAGCCGCCGACAGAGCCUUGGCCGUCGCUGCUAAAGGGAGGACCCGAUGGAGCCGCGCCAUUUUGACUAAUCGGCUCAAGCUUAAGUUCAGGAAGCACAAGAGACAGAGAGCUCCGACGGCGACGACCGGGAGUAGCCGGUCGAGAAAACCCAGAAUCAGCGUUUACCGAUUGAAAGGGAAGAAUUUACCGGCAGUCCAGAGGAAAGUGCGUGUGCUCGGCCGGUUGGUCCCCGGUUGCCGUAAAGAACCCUUGCAGGUUAUUCUAGAAGAAGCAACUGAUUAUAUACCGGCCUUGGAGAUGCAAAUCCGCACCAUGAGUGCUGUCCUCGAGCUUUUCUCCGGCGCCGGCUCAAGUUCCGGCGCCGGCUCUAGUUCCACGCCGCCAAACUGAUUAAAUAUCACUCCCCACUUUGCAAGGUCUCAUUUUUUUUUUUUUUUGAAUUUUUCUGUUUUUGCUCUCUUUCUCUCGUAAUUCUCUGUUAAAUAUGUGUCUAUUUUUAGUUCCUCAUCUUCUUCGAGUAAUUCUAUCUUACACUACCCAUCAAAAAGUAAUCUUUCUUUGCCAUGUCUAUUUUCUACAGUAACUGUGAAUUAUUUGUAUGGCAUAUCCUUAUUUCCAAUUAUCACUAUUUUAACGAAA